CUUAUUCAUUCUUUAAUAAAUGGUUAAACAUAUUUGUACGAGGUGUUUCCUUUCUGAAGUAGUGAUUAUGUAGAAAACAUUUUAUUGAGAAACAAACAUUCUAAACCAGAGGUAGAGCUAGUUGCAAGAACGCUCGGGUCUCAAAGAGUUGAGUUGAAUAACAGGAUGUUAGUUUGGAUCUUGUAAUCAAAGGGCGAGACACAACCCACAGUGAGACAUUCACAUGCAAACCAGGAGUCCGACCACAACUCAGCAGAGGUAGAGCUAGUUGCAAGAAUGCUCGGGAUUCAAAUAAUUAAUUUGAAUAACAGGAUGUUGGUUGUGGACCUUGUGAUCUAAGGGAAACUUUUUUUUCAUUAGACACAACCCACAGUGAAACAUUCACAUAUAAACCAGGAGUCCGACCACAAUGGAGAUUGGUGACAUGAUUGAGAUCAACAGAGGUCAAUACAAACACUGGGCUCUGUACAUUGGACAUGGAAAGGUCAUCCAGUUGAUAACUCCAGAUGGACCUUCAAAAGUAGCUUUCUGCAGUUUUAGCUCAUUCAGCGGCAGUGUUGCCUGUAAAGGCACGGUUACAAUCGAGACAUUACAGGAUGUGGCAGCAGGGAAUACUUACAAAAUCAACAACUACCUGGAUGACGAGUACAAACCAAGGCCGACUGACGUCAUUAUGGGGGAUGUGGACAAAUUGAGAGGCAGCACAAUAAAAUAUGACCUCCUUGGAAACAACUGCGAGCAUUUUGUUACUUUCCUCCGUUAUGGCAAAUCAAAGUCCAAACAGGCAGAUGACUUCCUGAAGGAUGUGUUAACUGGUACUGCAGGCCUGCUUGGUGUACUGACUGCUUUUACUGCUUCUACAGCUGCUGCAGCAAGCACACUUAGUAAAUAAAUUCUUGGGUCAUUCAUGAGUCCAUGGAGAAUGUCAGUAAUGCAAAAUGUUGUGUAUUGCCUAAUGAAUAAAGGACCAUCUCAAAGA